CUAUUGAUAAUGACUACUAGAAUUUGAAUUUGAAAUGAACAACCCACAGAAAUGUGAAUAUGGCCUGUAUGCUGAACAGCUGUCUGGGUCAGCAUUUACUGCUCCUAGGAACUCUAACAUGAGGAGUUGGUUAUACAGGAUUCGUCCAUCUGCCGUGCACACUCCAUUUGAGAAGACUGACCGAGGUAAUAUGACAGACGACUGGAACAAGGCACAUCCUAACCCUAACCAGAUGAGGUGGCUGCCUUUUGACAUUCCAAACAAGAAGAAUAAGAAACAAGACUUUGUACAGGGCUUGUCCACGGUGUGUGGGGCAGGAGACCCAAUGUCCAGACAUGGAGCUGCUAUCUACAUCUACACCUGCAACUCGCCUAUGGGAGACAGGUGUGUAUACAGCUCUGAUGGGGAUUUUCUCAUAGUUCCCCAGCAGGGCAGUUUGCUGGUAACGACAGAGUUCGGCAAGAUGCUAGUAGAACCAAAUGAAAUCUGCGUCAUUCAGCUUGGGAUGCGGUUUAAUGUGUCUGUGAUGGGCGAGUCACGAGGCUAUGUGCUGGAGGUCUUUGACAGUCAUUUCAUCCUUCCAGACCUGGGACCCAUAGGUGCGAAUGGGUUGGCAAACCCGCGUGACUUCCUGUCACCUGUGGCAUGGUAUGAAGAUCGAGAGGUGAAAGGUUAUGAGGUAAUCAACAAGUAUCAGGGUCACCUCUUCAAGGCAGUACAGGACCAUUCACCAUUUGAUGUUGUGGCCUGGCAUGGAAACUACACACCAUAUAAGUACAACCUGAAAAACUUCAUGGUUAUCAACGCAGUUGCCUUUGACCAUGCUGACCCAUCGAUCUUUACAGUCCUGACCUGCCAAUCAACAAGGCCAGGUGUUGCCAUCGCUGACUUUGUCAUCUUCCCUCCCCGAUGGGGAGUGACAGACAACACUUUCCGCCCUCCAUACUACCACAGAAACUGUAUGAGUGAAUUCAUGGGCCUGAUUCUAGGAAAGUAUGAGGCUAAGGAGAGUGGAUUUAUGCCGGGUGGCUGUACCCUUCACAGUAUGAUGACACCGCAUGGUCCGGAUGCUGAGUGCUUUGAGAAAGCCUCCAAGGAACCCCUUGCACCUGUUCGGGUAGCUGAUGGCACACAAGCAUUUAUGUUUGAGUCAUCAUUGAGUUUCCGUGUGACGGAUUGGGCGAACAAGACAAAGGUGGAUGAGAACUACUAUACAUGUUGGCAGCCGCUAAAGAAACACUUUACCCAACCCACCAGCUCCGCAGUGCAGGCUCAAGAAGGGCCUUCAAAGAAGAAGCUGAAAAAGUAGAAAAGUUUGAUGAACAGCCUAGAGAUGCUCCACAUUCAAGAUGUUGUGUCAAGGUUAUCUUUGUGAAAUGUUAUGUAAGUGUGGAAAAUUGUGAUAGAAUCAAAGACUAUAUUGCUCAAAAAUAGAUUGUAUUGAUAUAUUUUACAUACAUGUACUACAUGCAAAAACAAUACUGAACAAUAUAACAUUUAGGAAAUAUACUGUAUGUCUUAUAUUGUUUAAAAUACUUGCUUGGCUCACCAUUUAAACGACAUGAGAAUGCAUUGUACAUGUGCUUCUUUUGUGAUAUAUCCAGGCUGUACAGUAUUGUAUAUUGUUGAAUGUUAAUGUCAGGAAACUGACGACAAUAUUUUUCCAAUUGUUUUUUCUUAAGAGUAAUUUGUAGUAUUAAUUUGUGUCAGUUUGAAAAAUGUACAUUAUCAUUGGAAUAGGGUUUUGUCUGGAUUUGCAUUAUGUGAUUUGUAAGAUUCAAGAUUUGGUGAGGUGUGUCUUUCUUACCAAUGCUGUGCCCUAGCACAAGAAAACCCACAUUCAUUCCUAAUUUUAUUGCAAUACAUUAAGUUCUCUUAAAUUCUGAAAAUAUCAUAUACAUAUAGAUCUGGUAGACACGAUGGUGUCAUCUUGUAAGAACAUUUUUAGCUCGACUAUUCGAAGAAUAAGGAGAGCUAUUCUACUCACCCUGGCGUCGGCGGUGGCGGCGGAGGCAUCGGCGUUGGCGUCACACCUUGGUUAAGGUUUUGCAUGUAAGCACCUUUAAGCCAUUAUCUCAGUAAAUACAUCAGUUAUUGCAUUGAAACUUUGGAUAUGUAUUCUCAACUAUCUUAUAUAUUAAAUUAAUGAGGUUAGAUAACAAUUAUUUGAAUAUAAUGCAAAUAAUAGGCCAUUAUUAUUCGACUUAGUUCUGGUUAAGGUUUUGCAUGUAAGCACACAGGUUAAUAUCUCAGCAACUACUGAAGGUAUUGCAUUGAUACUUGAUACAAUGGUACUCAACCAUCCAACCUACUAAAUUAACCAAGUUAGAUAACUCUAGUUUGCAUUUAGUUGCCCUUUAUUGUUUGACUUAGAAAUUCUGGUUAAGGUUUUGCGUGUAAGCACACAUAGGUUUAUAUCUCAGCAACUACUUGAGAUAUUGCAUUGAUACUUUAUACAAUGGUAGUCAACCACACAACUUAAUUGAAUAACCAAGUUAGAUAACUGUAUUUUGCAAAUAAAUGGCUCUUAUUAUUAGACUUAGAAAUUCUCGUUAAAAUUUUGCAUGGAACCACAUUUAUGUUAAUAUCUCAGCACACCAUGUAUUGCAUUGAAAUCUAAUUUAACAGUGAUCCAUGCAUGUUUCGCCAAAACGUUUCAAUCCUUACAUUGAAAAGCGGCGGAAUAGUCGAGCGUGCUGUCUCUGUGACAGCUCUUGUUGAUAUGGUGACACUCAGGUGUCAUUACCAGUAAGUUGGGGCUCAAAACAUGCUUGUAAAGCGCUAAGAUAGGUGUAGGUGUUUAAAGGUACAUGUAGCUAGACAGGACCCUUGCUAGAGCAAGUGUCCAAACUGGCAGUACCUUAAAGUUGAUAUGGUAUCUUUUGAGUUAUAUCUAUGCAUAAAAUAUCUGAAAUCUCAAAAAUCAAUUCAUUGGUUUAUUGCCUUUUACUAUCACUGUUAAUUCAACUUUGCUACUUUUGUACAUGAAGAUUGAAUUCAAAGGUGCACUGGAAUUUGAAUGUGGAGUUCAAUGUUUAUAUGCCAGUGUGCCUAUUGUGAUUAGUUGUUCCAUGUGUAUGUGAGGAUGUAUCAGUGACUGGCUAUAGAGAAUGGAAAGACAGUUAACUCUGUAGCAUUAUGUACCACCUGUGGCACAGUUGAUGGUAAACUCUGUAACAUUAUGUACCACCUGUGGCACAGUUGAUGGUAAACUCUGUAACAUUAUGUACCACCUGUGGCACAGUUGAUGGUAAACUCUGUAACAUUAUGUACCACCUGUGGCACACAGUUGAUGGUAAACUCUGUAACAUUAU